AUGUCUGCAUACUAUCGCCUUCCUGCAAGAGUACCCCGAGUGAUUCCGUCUAACCUUUGGUUAAGGUCGGCUUCUCGAAUCAUGUCUUCCUUCAUUGGCGAAGAGAAUCAAAGCCCAAAUUAUAAUCCUAAGAAGUAUUAUCCGGCUCGCAUUGGAGAGACCAUAGCUAGGCGAUACCGUAUCCUCUCCAAGCUCGGGGGGGGGGGGGGGGCAAACUCCACUGUUUGGCUAGCACAAGACACUAGUCGGUCACCGAACCGAUAUGUGACGUUGAAAAUCACGAACUGUGGCGAAGCAGAGCAAUGCUCUGCUAACGAAGAAGUGUCAAUAUCGCGAUAUAUUUCCCAGCUGCAGUCUAAUCAUGAAGGGAAGCACUUGGGAAGCAACGGCGUGCCCACUGCCGUGCUGAAGCCAUUUUUGAAAAUGGUACUUCAGGGCCUUGAUUUUCUCCAUUCCGACGCAGAUCUCAAGGCAGAUAACCUUCUUGUGGGAUUCGAAGACCUGGGUGUUCUUGAGAGCUAUGCUCGCCAACAAGGGAGCAACCCUGCUCCGUCUUGGGACGGUGACGGUCGUCCCGUUUUUCGGUCUUGUCCAGAUUUUGGGCAUCUGAGGAAAGGGGUAGGACUAGUCCAGAUCAGCGACUUCAGUGCCGCUGUUUUUGGCAACGUUCCUGAGCCUCAUAACGAUGAUAUCCAGCCCCAGCCCUUUUGUGCACCAGAGGUGCUCUUAAAGGCGACAUGGACGUAUAGUGCAGAUAUAUGGAACUUGGGUACCAUGCUAUGGGAGCUCCUUGCAGAUAGCCAUGUCGCCCAGAUGAUACGGCUGCUUGGUCCGCCUCCACUGCAGUUACUGGAAAGGACAGAUCGACACAUCUGCUCUGAACUCUUCUCCAGCUCUGGUUUGAUAUCCGUCACUCUUAUGUCUGGGGGGAAAGACACGAGACUUUUCCUGGAUUUUGUGGGCAGAAUGCUGCGCUGGGAGCCGAAAGAUUGGGCAACGGCUAGAGAGUUGUAUAAUGACCCCUGGCUAAACUUCAAGCCUUGA